AAAUCCUAAUCUUCGUAUUUAAUAAUCACUGAUGUCUCCAAUUAUAGUGGCUUUUCAUGCUAAUUUUGACACCAAAGAAGAGAUUUUCUCUUUCUCGUUGACCUCUACAGUUCUAAUCUCCUAGUAGCCGGCUCUAAAUAUUCUAAAAUAAUAACCAAAACUUUAAACUACUUUUUCUAUAAUGCUUUUUAAAAAAAAAUCACCGGUGUCGUCUAACAUGAUGAUGACACCUAAAAAUAUAUUUUUUUAGAAAUUUACUAGGUGUCGCCCAACAGGCGACACCAAUUAAAAAUAAUUUUUUUCUAUUUAAAUACCAAUAUUUUUAACAAAAUAGUGUCACAUGACAUAAUAACAACAUUUAAAAAAAUAUUUUUAAAAAAAAUCGAUGAUUAGCUAAUCCAGUGACAUCGAUGAUCACGAUGAAAAAUGCAUCAUUUACUCAUAAUUUUAGAUUUAGAUUAUUUUCAUAAAUAAAUUAAUUAUUUUGGGUCAGUUAGGUAAAAAAACCAAAAUUUGAUUGAAAUAAUAUUCAUUUAAAAAUUCAAUUGAGACAUUUGAUGUGAGAUGUACAGGUGCAAUUAUUUUUUUGUUAAAAUAUGUGGUCCCUCUCCACACGGCUCAUCUGCACUAAAACUGUCUGAUCAUGAAUUAGCGGUGAAUCUUUACCCCUUUCCGCAAAUAUCUAAUAAAGUAUAAAGUCGUCGUUUUCCCAUUUCGUUUUGUUAUUGUUCCGCUUAACGGAGCGCGUUAACUUCCCGUCAUAAGUUAGUCAACUAUCUCCUAUCCACCGCUACGUCGCCAAAAUUACUCUCACGCAUCUACAGCGCGUGGAUACCACAGCCCCUUAGGAAAAUACGUUACCUUAACCAAUACUGAAACUUCAGCGACUUCUUUCCAGCUUUCAUUUCUUUUCCUUUUUUUUUGGUUUGAACUCUCUUUAUAAAACCUCCCCAAAAUCUCUCAAUCUACUUUCAUUGUAAAAAUCUACACGUCAGGUCCCCAGUUCUGUUUAAUUCUUCUCUAAUUAAGCGUUAAUCAAAUUGAAGAUCAUACUUUAUUUUGGAUUUACGAAGAGAAGUAGCUAUCUUUUCUUUGAUUCUCUUGUUCUUUUUAAGUGAUGGAAAACAAAGCGGCGGUGAGGUUUACAUUAGGGAAGCAAUCGUCGAUGGCGCCGGAGAGAGACAGAGGCGAAGCCGAUGGGAAAGAGAACGAGGAAGGAGAGGAGAUAGAUGAAGGAGUUAGGUUGAUGUACUUGGCCAACGAAGGUGAUUUGGACGGCAUUCGCGAGCUCUUGGACUCGGGGAUCAAUGUUAAUUUCCGCGACAUCGAUGAUCGGACGGCUCUCCAUAUUGCAGCUUGUCAAGGACAGACCGAUGUCGUUUCCUUGCUCCUUCAGCGCGGCGCUGACGUCGAAUCUACAGAUCGAUGGGGAAGCACUCCUUUGGCAGAUGCUGUAUAUUAUAAGAAUCAUGAUGUGAUUAAGCUUCUGGAGAAACAUGGAGCUAAGCCUUUUAUGGCUCCAAUGCAUGUAAAUCACGCGCGUGAAGUUCCAGAAUAUGAGAUUGAUCCAAAAGAACUUGAUUUUACUAACAGCGUCAACAUUACAAAGGGAACCUUCUGCAUUGCAUUAUGGCGUGGAACUCAAGUUGCCGUGAAAAGGGUUGGAGAUGAAGUUUUUACCGAUGAGGAUAAAGUGAGGGCAUUUCGAGAUGAGCUUGCAUUAUUUCAGAAAAUUCGACAUCCAAAUGUAGUUCAAUUUCUUGGUGCAGUAACUCAAAGUAGUCCUAUGAUGAUUGUGACAGAAUAUUUACCCAAGGGAGAUUUACGAGCCUUCUUGAAGAGAAAAGGAGCCUUGAAACCAAUUACAGCUCUGAGAUUUGCACUUGAUAUUGCAAGGGGAAUGAAUUAUUUACAUGAGAACAAACCGGCACCAAUAAUUCACCGUGAUCUUGAGCCUUCAAACAUUUUGAGGGAUGAUUCGGGACAUCUGAAAGUUGCAGAUUUUGGAGUUAGCAAGCUGCUAACCGUUAAAGAAGAUAAACCUCUAACUUGUCUGGACACAUCUUGCCGAUAUAUUGCUCCAGAGGUGUUCAAGAAUGAUGAUUAUGAUACCAAAGUAGACGUGUUUUCAUUUGCUCUGAUCUUACAGGAGAUGAUUGAAGGCUACCCACCAUUUUCUGCUAAGCAAGACAAUGAAGUUCCUAAGGUAUAUGCAGCAAGGGAGCGUCCACCUUUCAAAGCUCCAGCUAAGCAUUAUGCCCAUGGGCUCAAAGAGUUAAUUGAGGAAUGUUGGAAUGAGAAACCUGCCAAGCGACCUACAUUCAGACAGAUUAUAACCAGACUUGAAUCUAUUCACAACAGUUUCAGUCAUAGAAAGCGUUGGAAGGUUAGACCACUAAAAUGCUUUCAGAAUCUGGAGGCAAUGCUGAAGAAAGAUCAUUCUAGUCCAAGCAGCCGUAGCAGUUCAUCUCGAUCUACUAACAGCAUAUGAAUGAAUGGCUGGUGCUUUAUCUUCCAAAGCUUAUAAGUCUGCAAAAUUUAUUCAGUUUAUUGGCUAAAAGAUUGAGCGUAUAACCAGGAGCAUACUUGAAAAAAAGAAAAUAAAAUGUUUGAUGUCUUUAAGAUUUGUUCUCCCUUCUGCCUUGUGGGCUGAGAACUACAUUUUGUUCCACUCCAUUUGUUUGUAAUUUCUACUGUACAUUAUGUAUGCUAUCAUAAGCUGCAUAAAAGAAAAGUAUGCUAUCAUAAUCAGCUAAGGGAACUACUACAAGAACAACGUAUUUGGACCAUAUGAAUUGGAAUUGGAAUUGGAAUUGGAGAAAACGGUUUUGCUAAAGAAA